UUAAGUUCUCGGAGAUUAGAGAAUCCUGCUUGGAGGACGAUAUUAGCCUUAAAAUCUCAAGGAUUAUAAAUGGCGAAUCAGCAGAUAAGACUUCUGUGGAUAUAGGCAUGGCAGAGUACACCAAACUUACAGAUAACAUCUUUGAGGAUAUCUUGUACUCAACUAAUGAAGAGCUAAAAAAUUCCAAAAAGGAACUUGAGGAUAUUGUGAAAAGAAACUUGCCAAAGUUUGUGGGAGAGGCCAGACUUCCAAGAAUUGACAAUCAACAGACCUUACAGAUGAUCCAGGAAAAACUACAGGAAACCUGGGAGACAACUUUGAUCAAAUCGAAAUGCUUGGGUGCAUCCGAUUUCAUAAUUGAUGUGGUUGAAAUGGAUCAUGGCAGGAACCAGGAAGACCCCGUUGAAAAUGUCUGUUUCUACAACAAGAGGAACCCAGAUGAAGCCUUUAAAAUCAAGAAGUAUCAGGUAUCCAGUCUACAGGCAGUGAAGUUUAAGGAACAGUGUGUUAGGGUGUACUACAAGAAGUCUGAUGAGAAGGGGCUGCAGGAAGCUGUAGAGUGCUUUAAAAAAUGCUGCACUGAAUUUUGGACUCCAUCGCCAUGAGGGGCCAAGAUGAAUGAAGUUGAUUUCAUCCGGAUACACGAAUGCUAACCUCCGCUGGUUGUGUCUAGAACUCACAUUUUCAAAUUUGUCUACACUGUAAAAAUGAAUGAAUUUCUAUUUAGUAACUAAAAUUGGUGCAGGAUAAUAAUAGGACCUUGUAAUUCAUUUUAUAAUUUUAGUUUAAUCCCGGUUGUGUCUCGAUUAGUUCAUUUGACUUAAUUCAUAUUUUGGUAGUGGGGUUUACUGUUUGAUUUAUAUUUUUGCAUUUACAGUUCAUUUUGCUUGUUGGAUUGAUUUGUCAUAAUAUUCAUGAAAUUGGUGAAGGAUGAUAAAUAUAGGGCCUUGUAAUUCAUUUUAAAACUUUAGCUUUAAUCCCUGUUUUGUCUCGAUUAGUUCAUUUGACUUAAUUCAUAUUUUGUUAGUUGGGUUUAAUGUUUGAUUUAUAUUAAUGCAUUUACAGUUCAUUUUGGUUGUUGGUUUGAUUUGUCAUAAUAUUCAUGAAAUUGGUGCAGGAUAAUAAUAGGACCUUGUAAUUCAUUUUAUAACUUUAGCUUUAAUCCCUGUUAUGUCUUGAUUAGUUAAUUUGACUUUAUUCAUAUUUUGGUAUAGCCGUUUAAUUGAUAUUAUUGCAUUUACAGUUCAUUUUGGUUGUUGGUUUGAUUGUUUUGAUUAGUCAUAAUAUGUUAUGUAAAGGGGCAUGAUAAUUCAAAAUAAUUCCUCGGGUUUUUAAUAUUUAAUCAUAUUUUGGGUGAAGUGUUUACAGUAGAGAUAGUUUUGUUUAGGUUUACAUUAUUUUACUUAAAAUGAUUUACUUAGUUUAUUUCUGUUGAUUCAGGAAUUC